UUCAUGGGACUCACUUCCAGACGAGCUGCUCUUAGGGAUCUUUUCCUGUCUGUGCCUCCCUGAACUCCUAAAGGUCUCCAGUGUUUGUAAGAGGUGGUAUCACCUAGCGUUUGACGAGUCUCUGUGGCAGACAUUAGACCUCACAGGUAGAAACCUGCACCCAGAUGUGAUUGGUCGGUUGCUGUCUCGAGGGGUGGUUGCCUUCCGCUGCCCACGAUCAUUUAUGGAUCAACCAUUGGUUGAACAUUUCAGCCCUUUCCGUGUGCAGCACAUGGAUCUGUCCAACUCUGUUAUCGAGGUGUCUACCCUCCAUGGCAUUCUGUCGCAGUGCUCCAAGUUGCAGAACCUAAGCCUGGAAGGCCUGCAGCUGUCGGAUCCCAUUGUCAAUAAUCUUGCACAAAACUCAAAUUUAGUGCGACUGAAUCUUUCUGGGUGUUCUGGGUUCUCCGAAUCUGCCCUGAAGACCUUGCUGAGCAGCUGUUCCAGAUUGGAUGAGCUGAACCUGUCCUGGUGUUACGACUUCACCGAAAAGCACGUGCAGGUGGCUGUCGCACAUGUGUCUGAAACCAUCACCCAGCUCAAUCUCAGCGGCUAUCGAAAGAAUCUGCAGAGAUCAGGUAAGCCCCUCCGGGCCCUGGACCCUUCCUGGCAACCAUGGCAUUA